AAGCAUAGCCCACAAUCAAUUGUUUACUGCUCAGCGCAUGCCAGUUUGCCUGAGGCCAGGCCCCCCUCAGCCAAUCAUGGACUCGUCACUAUAAAUCGAGGAACAGUGCUCAGUAAGCCGGUACAGCUACACACAGCAACAUCUGUAAGCAAACUCUCUACUAUCAAAAAGGAUCUCCAAAAAAGGAAAACAUUUGUUUGCGGUCAAGAUGAAGUAUAUUCUCAGCAUAUUACUGAUAUGCGCCCUGUGCUUAACUGAAGCAAUUAAACACCCUAGAAAGAAAGUCCCUUCUAUUCCAGGAAAGGAUAAGUGCAUACUUGAUGGAAGUGAUGAGAGUACAUACAGAGGCAAAGUGUCAGUGACAGUCAAUGGAAGGAUGUGUGUAUCAUGGAAUUCCAUCCCAAGCCAACAAUACAACUACUAUCAUAACUACUGCAGAAAUCCAGAUAACAGUAUUCAGCCAUGGUGCUUUGUAAGGAAAAGAAGGCGUUAUGUACGGGAAUAUUGUGACAUUUCCCGCGAGGAAAGGAAGCCGACCAAGAGUCUACCAACACCUGAGCCAUCACAGCAGGACACAGAAUCAACAUGUGGUGAGCGACGCUUAAACCGCACUACAAAGAUAAUAGGAGGAUCAAGGUCAGCUGUUGAGUCACAGCCUUGGAUUGCAACUAUCUUCAAAGGAAAUGGGUUUAUUUGUGGAGGAACCCUCAUUGCUCCAUGCUGGGUCCUCACUGCAGCCCACUGCUUCCCUAGCGGUAAUAACACUCAAAAAAAUAGAUAUUCUGUCAUUCUGGGAAAGAAUGCCAUCAAUGAAACCAACCCUGACAAAGAGCAGGAGUUCAAAGUGAGCAAACUUGUGGUCCAUGAGGACUUUGACUACACAACUGAAAACUAUACUCAUGACAUUGCCCUGUUGAAGAUUGAGGGCAGCAAUGGACAAUGCGCAGUGAGGACAAAAUCUGUGAGAACUGCAUGCCUUCCACCUUUCCAGCAGAUGCUUCCCUCAGGAUUCUACUGUGAGAUUAUCGGCUAUGGAAGGCAUAAAAAGGGUGGCUUUGAGUACUCUCGACAUCUGAAACAGGCUGAGGUGAUGCUUAUUUCCCAGGAUGCUUGCCAGCACACAUAUUACAGGGAGGAUGAGGUCAAUGAGUACAUGCUGUGUGCAGCUGGCAGAGACUGGGAGGAAGAUGCUUGCCAGGGUGACUCAGGUGGGCCUCUGGUGUGUGAAGUACAUAACACCAUGUUCCUAUUCGGUAUCAUUAGCUGGGGAAAAGAGUGUGCGGAAAAGUCUAACCCGGGUGUUUAUACAAAAGUCACCAAGUACAACCACUGGAUCUCAAUGCAUACUGGUUUACCCACAUAUACAGCAGGCUCCAAGUAUCCACAGAAGGAUUAACUAUGACAGGGUCACUUUACAGCAGAAAUGUAAAUGCUUAGCCACUCAGGGUAAUGUUUUGGUCUGCACAGAAUGCACAUGCCAAUUAUUUGUGCCAUUCAGAUGAUAUAUGGCAGCUACUUGCAAUAGGAAUAAUCUUUGACACUGUUAUAAUUACACGUUCCUGCUUUUACUGGACAGUGAUACCAGUAUUUAGGUGAAUGAAGGAUACAUAGAAUUAGGAUUUUUUUAAUGCUCAGUUUGUGAGAACUGCAAAUGAUGUAUUUUGUCUUUUGUGCCUUUCUAAAAUUGUUUGUGGAAAUAAAUAUGAAGGAGUAUGUGGAUGAAGGAGUAGUGCUCCAUAAAGUUAAUUUUUUUUUGACUGGGCAUUAUCUGUUUUAAUUAUUCUGUUUUAUUGUUACUUUUUAUAUUAUUUAAUAUUUUAUUUAUUGUAAGAAUGCAUAUAAGAUACAUUUAUUUAUUUAUUUUGCUUACUUAUAUACAUAUUAUUGUAAAACUGUCUUUACUUUGUUUAAUACAAAAUUCUCCUUAAUUGUAUUUGAUAUUCCAUUGUAUUUUAUAUUUGACAAUAAACUUGCUUUAAAUCUUUA